AAUACAUAAGUGAUUUCAAGUGAGAACGCGAACUCACAGGAAUGUCUUCUGGUACAGUCAGCACACUUGCAAACAGACAAGCUUAUGUUCUACUGUAGAAAAGAGAAAUGCAACAACCACCACAGCUAACCUUUUAACAUGAAGGAGUGGUGAUCGGAGAAAGAAACGAAACGAAACUGGGCGCCACAAAAAUAUGCUUUGUUCAGGUCGAAUAUUGGCUUUUUCUCAGCCAACUUCUAAACCCUUGAUUUUCUACUACAAUUAUUCUUCAUCUUCCUCCUUAAGAUUCAAUCGCAGAAACCUCCAUUUCACUUCGACAUGGCGCUGUUCAUUAUCGUCGUCUAUGGCUUCCGAAUCCGAUCCUUCUUCCGCAGCCCCUGAUUCCACCGACUCUUCUAGCUCUGCAUUUUGUAUCAUAGAAGGUCCUGAAACCGUUCAGGACUUUGCUAAAAUGGAAAUGCAAGAAAUUCAAGAUAAUAUUCGGAGUCGCCGAAAUAAAAUCUUCUUGCUUAUGGAAGAGGUUCGUAGGCUACGGAUACAACAACGGAUCAAAAGGGCUGAGCUAGGUAUUUUAAAGGAGGAACAAGAAAAUGAACUACCAAGCUUCCCGUCAUUUAUCCCAUUUUUGCCUCCUCUGAGCUCAACAAACCUCAAACAGUACUAUGCUACUUGUUUCUCCCUUAUCGCUGGCAUUAUGAUUUUCGGAGGCCUUUUGGCACCUACAUUAGAGCUUAAAUUAGGAUUGGGGGGAACAUCAUAUGAAGAUUUCAUCAAGAGUAUGCAUUUGCCAAUGCAGUUGAGUCAAGUAGACCCCAUAGUAGCUUCAUUUUCAGGGGGAGCUGUCGGUGUGAUCUCAGCAUUAAUGGUGGUUGAAAUAAACAAUGUAAAGCAACAAGAACAUAAGAGAUGUAAAUACUGCCUUGGAACUGGUUACUUAGCAUGUGCUCGCUGUUCGAACACUGGAUCUCUUGUUCUUAUUGAGCCUGUUGCUACGGUUAAUGGCAGUGAUCAACCUCUUUCAUCACCAAAGACUGAGAGAUGUUCAAAUUGUUCAGGAUCCGGAAAGGUCAUGUGCCCUACUUGUCUCUGUACAGGAAUGGCAAUGGCUAGCGAGCAUGACCCAAGGAUUGAUCCAUUUGAUUAGAGGUACUGUAACAUAUAUUAAGUUCUCCGUGUACAUCUAUAUCGCUAUGUCGUGUUGUAAAAACUUGUACAUAUAUUGUCCUAGUGACUACUUUGUCUAAGCCUUGUAUGAGUCCUUUGAUCAUUCCAAUUAGAAAUUUUUAUGUGGAAAAACUCUCAUUUUUGUUCUUGAUAAAUGUUGUGUGGCCACAUAUAUUGUAUCACAGAUUCACAGGUUACUGGUUACAGAUUUUUAUGUCGGACUAUAUUUUUGUAA